AUGGCUGUCAACAUCCCAGGAUUGAUAGUGAUGAUGAUCUUCUACUUGCUGGUGCUCGGAACCGGCAUCUGGGCCUGCAUCAAAUCCAAACGAGUGGACAAGAGACUGGGAAACCGAACAGAGAUGACUCUGUUGGGAAACCGCAGAAUCAACCUGGCAGUGGGCAUUUGUACUAUGACAGCUACUUUUGUUGGAGGGGGCUUCAUUGUUGGAGUGACAGAGGCAGUGUACAGCCCUACUAUGGGACUGACCUGGGCCUUCUUGCCGUUCUCAUCUGCCUUUGCUUUUAUUGUUGGUGGAUUAGUUUUCGCCAAGCCAAUGAGAGACAAAAAAUAUUUGACAAUGAUGGAGCCUUUCCAGAUCAAAUAUGGAAAGGUAUUGAGUGGAGUGCUUUCGGUUGCUCCUCUUUUAGAUGAAAUUCUCUGGGUGACUUCAACACUUAUUGGCCUAGGUGCAUCCAUGAGCAUGGUUCUGGAUUUGCCUUAUGCUGUGUGUAUCUGGAUCUCUGCUGUAGUGGCCAUUGUGUACACGUUGUUGGGAGGCCUCUACUCUGUAGCCUACACGGACAUCAUACAAUUGAUUCUCAUCUUCUUCAGUUUGUGGCUGUGCGUCCCCUUCAUUCUGACCAACCCUGUGUCUGUUGACAUCACCAAGACCGCUUUCAACUAUACCUUCCAGGCCCCCUGGACUGGAACUGUGGAUGCAGAGAAAGCCUGGAUAUGGGUCGAUAAUUUCUUACUGUUGUCUAUCGGUAACCUGGGAUAUCAGGACUUCCACCAGAGAACCCUGUCUUCCAUCUCUUCAGCCACAGCCAAGAUCUGCUGCUUCGCCGCUGCGUUCCUCGUCAUCAUCUUUGGAAUCCCCUCUGUGUUGAUUGGAGCAGCGGCUGCAUCAACAGACUGGAACAAGACCACUUAUGGUUCCCCGUCUCCAUAUGAACGUGGGGAGGCGGGUCUGGUGCUGCCCAUCGCUCUGCACCACCUCACACCACCCUUCAUCUCCCUCAUCGGCAUUGGAGCUGUGGCUGCUGCUGUGAUGUCGUCAGCAGACUCGGCACUGUUGUCAGCAGCGUCCAUCUUCUCCUCCAACAUAUACAAGGACAUCCUGAGGACCCGGGCAUCAGAGACGGAGCUCCAGUGGGUGAUCCGUGCCACUAUAGUUUUGGUUGCACCUUUGUAGACGGGGUUUACGUCCAGCGUGCUCCCAUCAGGACCAUUUGCAUGCUGGCUCACAUGGCUGCCACUGUGUUGUUCUCCUACCUGGCUUCCUUGCUCUUUUGCAAAGGGCUGAUUCCAGAAAGAUGGGACGUGUUCAAAGUGAAACUGCAUCAGACGCCACAGGCAGUGAGCUUGAGAAACACCAACACGACCACAGCAGACAAGGGUGAUGAAGAGUCUGAAGUCAACAACGAGAAGGAUGAGGUCUUAGACGUGAUGCUACAUACAAACUGAUGGAGAAUAAAUCAGCGGGCCUGUCACUGCAGGUUUACAAAUACAAGGCUGCAGUUUGAAAGAGGACAAAUUUACUCCUGCAAAAAAAAAAGUUUCUAAGAUAGAGAUAUCAUUACAUAAUUGAUAACUACUUUCUCCUUUUUUACUUCCUGUUUGUCAUUUUUGUCUAUUCCAUUGCCUACCAACACGGAGAUCGCCGGAUCGAAUCCUUGCGUUACCGCCGGCUUGGUCAGGCAUCCUACAGACACAAUUGGCCGUGUCUGUGUGGUGGGAAGCCAGAUGUGGGUGUGUCUCCUGGUCGCCACACUAGCGCCUCCUCUGUUCGGUCAGGGCGCCUGUUCGGGGGAACUGGGGGGAGCGGCGUGAUCCUCCCACGUGCUACAUCCCCCUGGCGAAACUCCUCACUGUCAGGUGAAAAGAAGCAGCUGGUGAACAAAAAAAAUUUUUUUGAACUCGUCAGAGGUUUGGAAGGGGAAAAUGUGUAUUUGCUACUAUAAAAAAUGCAUUUGACGAAAAAAAAAAAACUAAUAAAAAUCGUUUGUAAAAGAAA